CUGGGCUGAGGCGGAGGCAGGGGAGUUGCAGCGCGCGAGGCUCAGUGAGUGUGUCUCCUGCGCGCGGAGAGGCGGGGGAGGCGGAGGACCAGGAGGAGGAGGAGGGGGAGAAUGCCCGGAGCCGCCGCCGCUGCCGCCGCCGCCGCGAUGCUGCCGGCUCAGGAGGCUGCCAAGCUGUACCACACCAACUAUGUGCGGAACUCGCGGGCCAUCGGCGUGCUGUGGGCCAUCUUCACCAUCUGCUUUGCCAUCGUAAACGUGGUGUGCUUCAUCCAGCCCUACUGGAUCGGCGACGGCGUGGACACCCCGCAAGCCGGCUAUUUCGGGCUCUUCCACUACUGCAUCGGGAACGGCUUCUCCCGGGAGCUGACCUGCCGGGGCAGCUUCACGGACUUCUCCACGCUGCCCUCGGGCGCCUUCAAAGCCGCCUCCUUCUUUAUCGGCCUCUCCAUGAUGCUCAUCAUCGCCUGCAUCGUUUGCUUUACCCUCUUCUUCUUCUGCAACACGGCCACGGUGUACAAGAUCUGUGCCUGGAUGCAGCUCACCUCCGCUGCCUGCCUGGUGCUUGGCUGUAUGAUCUUCCCUGAUGGCUGGGAUUCCGACGAAGUAAAGCGGAUGUGUGGAGAAAAGACGGACAAGUACACUCUCGGGGCCUGUUCAGUCCGCUGGGCAUACAUCUUGGCUAUUAUUGGAAUUUUGGAUGCCCUGAUCCUCUCAUUUCUAGCGUUUGUGCUUGGUAACCGGCAAGACAGCUUGAUGGCAGAGGAGCUGAAGGCAGAAAACAAAGUUCUGCUAAGCCAAUAUUCUCUAGAAUGAGCACAAAACAAAUCGAAUAACAGCUAAACAAAUUGAAUAACAGCUUUUAUACAUCAACAUCAAGAAGGAAGACGCUUGAGAGAGAUCAGAGUACAGAGAUGAACAUGGACAAGAGUGAAACAUUCACCUAUCAAAGCACCUUCUAAAUCUAGAUCAGCAGAGAUGGGCGUGACUUUCUGGAAAGAGAUGCAAUCGUGGAUUCCAUGCCAACUCACUGGAAACCGUCAUUGGAUAAGAUCAUGAAAAAGUCAUAUUCAGGAAACAUUUGAAGGAGGAGGAAUAUAAAUGUGCGGGAAUUUACGUGUAAAAUACAUAAGUACUGAGGUUUGUAAACUGUCCUUUUAAUCAAACUGAAAACAAAAAGCUUUACUCUUUCAAUAGAAUUUUAAGAAAGGCAGUUAGGCUAAAUUAUUCCUAUCUCAAUAGCCAAGAGGCUGAUCAAGCAUCAUUUAUUAAGGGAGCAUCUUAGAAAAUGCCUCUGAAUGUUUUCACAGGAGCCGUGACCUUUGAUUCCUCAUCCCUACCUGUCAUUUAUUUCGCUGUGUAAUAAGUUAUAACCACUCAGUUAUUAAGAAAUGUAACACUCUAAAUUUUUACCCAGUCUGUGUUCCAUUUAAUCUGUCCGUUCAGAGUUAUUACUGAGAAAGUGUUUCUGACAUAUACCAUUGCUCCAUCAAGCUGUAUAUUACAGGAAGUACAUCUUUACAUUAUAGGUUCCCAAGCAACAUAGUUGUCCCUAUCUUUCAGGAAACAGCAUCAAGGAACUCUGAAAAAUAUAGAAAGGUCACUUUCACCUUGGAUGCUUACAUGUACUAUAUAGGCUACUAUCAGAUGAAUACUCUGUUCUAAUUCUCCUUAGUAUAUGCAUAGGAAUUUAAUAUGCAUUAUAAAUAACUUAUCUAAAAUAUAUCCUUUUUAUAUUUCUUUGUUAUACAUGUUAUCAGAAAUCUAUAUCUUUUAUGUCCCUUACUGACAGGCACUCAUUUUUUUAAAUCAUUUCAUUAAACAUAUUUCUAAAAGAUAGUAAGUGGUACUAACAAAAUAAAUAAUAAUUUAAUAGCCUUAGAAAUAAAUGACUAUAUGCUUAUAUAGAUCAAAGACACUCUAUAGGAAUAAGUUACCCUUUUAUUGACUAAUGUUGGUUUCAAAAAUACUCAGAUUCUUUUUAGUUAGCUGAUUUCUGGCUGUAGUUACAUCUAACCAGUUGUCUUCAACAAUCUUUUGCUUACAGGCUUCCUUCACCACAUAUCCUGCCAGUAUUCAACAACAGAGAAAUAUUUAAAGUUGAAAUAGCCAAUUGCCUGAGAGUGAACACAAGCUAAAAUUUACAUCAAGGAUAGUUAGUGGAAGCCAAACCAUGUUCUAUACCUGAGCAGAAAGCAUAGACAUAUAGAAUUCUCUCAUUCAUAGAUUCAAAAUUAAGAUUAAAUCAGCAUAUGUCACUAAAACAUCAGACAGAAGAUAACACAAGAAUUGAUACGGAUCUGGGGUGAUUGCCCUGAUCCUCUCUCUGUUAGGACCACACUCGUAUUCUAGCCAAAUGUAUCUGAUACUAGCCAUCUUUUCACAAAUGGCUAAAAGUAAAUUACUGGCACACUCAAAGGAGUAAAACCCAAUUCACAGAGAUGAUGCUUUUCUAAAGAACCAAAUUAAGGGCAUACUUAUUAUCCAUAACUAAAGUAUUAGUCAUUCUGGGAGUUAUUUGUUGCUUUAAGUUUUAGCUCUCUACUGGAUUCAUAACACCCUACUUACUAAAUUUAAUUACACACAACUUUUCAAGAAUUCAUCUUUGGUUUAAAGGGAGAUACCUCUCUGCUUUAUCUAUAAUAAAAACAAAAGGUAUUGGCUGUCUCUAAUCCAUAUAAAUUACAGAGUCCACUGGGAGUCCUGCCUCACUCAUAGUGGUAUUAACAAAAAUUAAAAAGUACUUCCUAUCCACAUGCAAAUGUUUUUAAAAAGUUUUUGCCAUAAAACCUAAGUGUAAUUUAGCAUACCACAGUGCUCUGAAGAUGGGUCAUUGAUGAUGUACCAUUUGUACAUAGGUAAUACACAUGUAAAUCACUAAAUGUUAACUAAGUAUAAGAAGUAUGUUUUUAUCUUUUUUAAAAACAAAAAAAAAUGUGACUCCCUUUCUCAUUCUGUUCUGUUGUAUUGCGUCCAAAAGUUGUGUGUAAUUUUUUUAAGGUCCAGGAAAUGUAAAGAAAUUUGUUGGGAUAUCUGAAUUUCUGUAAAAAAAAAAAACAAAAAUAAAAAUAAGAUUUUGUUACUUAAAA